AUGCAGGCCGUCGGGCGUUCUGGUGCUCGUUUGGCAGCACGCUCGUCCCGCCGAGUCACGGCAGCGUGUGGAGCUUCACGCACCCUGCAGACCGCCCUCGUCACCACCGCGCGCCCGUACACGUCCUCCGUCGACAGUCGCGAUGCCACGUCCAUGCGCUCUGCCUUCCUGAGCCUGCUCGGUAGCGUCAGCUCGCGCAGGGAGAUUGACCAGUACCUUGCUCAGUUCCGCUCCGUGUCGUCGCAGCAGUUCGCUGUGGUCAAGGUGGGAGGAGCCAUCCUGACCGACCACAUCGACACGCUAUGUCUGGCGCUGCAGCACCUGUACGCCAUGGGGCUGUACCCCAUUAUCGUCCAUGGCGCGGGUCCCCAGAUGAAUAAGCUUCUUCUGGACGCUGGCGUCGAGCCCGAGUUCAUUGAUGGCAUAAGAGUCACAGAUAAGAAGACGCUCGGCAUUGCGCGCAAGCUCUUCCUGGAGGCCAACAUGGACCUGGUGUUGAAGCUUAGGCAGGAUUGGGGUAUUCCGGCGCGGCCCAUCACUGCAGGUGUGCUCGAGGCCGACUAUUUGGACAAGGAGAAGUGGAAGUACGUUGGAGAUAUCACCAACGUCAACUCUCGGCCAAUUGUGGACGCCUUGAAAGCCAAAGAGCUACCCAUUCUGUGCUCCAUGGCCGAGACUGUCGACGGCCAGAUCUUGAAUGUCAACGCCGACGUGGUAGCUGGAGCUUUGGCAAGGUCACUGGAGCCUUUGAAGAUCGUGUACUUGUCGGAAAAGGGUGGCCUGUUCAACGGCGAAACCGGCAAGCUUAUCUCAACCAUCAACCUGGACGAAGAGUACGACUCGCUCAUGAAGGAGCCAUGGGUGAAGUUUGGCACCAAGCUAAAGAUCGUCGAGGUCAAGAAGCUCUUGGACGAUCUGCCCAAAACCUCCAGCGUCGCUAUUAUCCACCCGCAAUACCUUGAGAAGGAGUUGUUCACUCACACCGGAGGUGGCACGCUCAUCCGGAAGGGUGAGAGCAUCCAGACCGUCAGCAAGUUCGAGGAUUUCGAAGACAUUGCAACGCUUAGGGAAGCCCUCUUGAGAGAUCGCGAGAGCCUCGACUCUGGGGACGUCAUCGACCGAUACUUGAACAACCUUAAGACCAGACCUUUCGAGGCUUUCUUUGACGAUUCCAUGGGAGCUGUUGCCAUCGUGUACCCUCCUUCCAACGACUCUGAGUUUGCCCGACUCUCUACUUUCACGACCACCAAAGAUGCAUUCUUGACCAACGUUGCCGACAACAUUUUCGAGCGCAUGAAGAAGAAGUACCCGAAGAUGUACUGGACCGUGGAGACACAGGAUGAAAAUCUCGGAUGGUUCAAGGAGAAGGCCGACGGAACCCUUCGACGGGAAAAGGAGAUCUUCUGCUUUUGGGGCUCCGCAGAUGCAUCCGAAGUGGUGUCACUCCUGAGCGAGUUCUCUGAGCAUGGCAGAGCCAUGUUUGGCGACCAACACUUAGAAGCACAGUUGCGCAGGGCCGCCGAUUACGCUGCAAGCCUGAAGCAUGGACAGCAAGCCCGGGCAUACUCCACGAUGACUCAAGGUGCUCGCGUCAUGGGUCAGUCGUCUCGGCCGACUUUGCGGUCACAGCAGGGACGUUCUUCGUCCCGCACGUUCUCCACAAGCGCACCACAAUUCAUUGAGAACACCAACCCGAACCCGCCAUAUGGAAUCAAGUUCAAGAGUCGGGAUUACCCGGCCAAGGUUGCUUUGAUCGGCGCUCGUGGAUACACCGGACAAGCUCUCAUUGACCUCCUCAACCGACACCCCAACAUGGACCUUCGACACGUUUCUUCUCGUGAACUUGCCGGCAAGAAGCUCGAAGGCUACACCAAGCGCAAUAUCACUUACGAGAACCUUUCUCCCGAGGACGUUAAGAAGAUGGCUGAGAAGGGCGAGAUCGAUUGCUGGGUCAUGGCGCUGCCCAACGGAGUGUGCAAGCCCUUUGUUGAUGCUAUCAAUGAGUCCGGAAAAGAGGAUGCGGUCAUUAUUGAUUUGAGCGCCGACUACCGCUUCGACUCUUCGUGGUCGUACGGUCUUCCUGAGCUUGUCGACCGCCGCAAGAUCUCCGACUCUAACCGGAUAGCCAACCCUGGCUGCUACGCCACCGCUGCCCAGCUUGGUAUUGCUCCUCUACUCGAGUUCAUUGGCGGUCAGCCUACCGUUUUCGGUGUUUCAGGCUACUCAGGAGCAGGAACUAAGCCCAGCCCCAAGAACGACGUCAAGAACCUAGAGAAUAACCUUAUUCCUUACAGCUUGACGGACCACAUUCACGAGAAGGAGAUUUCGGCCCAAUUGGGCAAAGAGGUCGCAUUCAUCCCGCACGUUGCCGUUUGGUUCCAGGGUAUUCACCACACCAUCUCUAUCCCUCUCAACCGGACCAUGACCUCCCGGGACAUCCGCAACAUCUACCAGGACCGCUACGCCGGCGAGAAGCUCGUCAAGGUCGUCGGCGAGUCCCCUCUCGUCCGCAACAUCUCCGGCAAACACGGCGUCGAAAUCGGCGGCUUCGCUGUCCACAGCUCCGGCAAGCGCGUCGUCGUCAACGCUACCAUCGACAACCUCCUCAAGGGCGCGGCGACGCAGUGCCUGCAGAACAUGAACCUGGCGCUCGGGUAUGGCGAGUACGAGGGCAUCCCGUACUAA